GUGACGGACCGUAGUGUAGAUGCGGCGGACGGAGUAACCAAAGAAGAAGGCCGCUCAAAAUAAUUAAAGUUGCCCAACCGUCACAUCUUCUUCAACCGAUCUUAGCUCAAAUAACCAACCCAAUUCUAUUUUGGUGUUAAUUCAACGAACCCAAAACCUUUUUCUUUCUCCUUUCUAGCUCAAGCUUUCUUCUUCCAAUGGCGUCUUCUGCAGCUCUCGGAUCUCUUCAUCAGACUUUAGGGUCACAGAGUGAGCUUCACUUGCUUUCUGGAAACUGGUCUGCCUCUGGUACUUCUUGUGUACCACGGUGGAGAUUAUCCAACAGGAGCAGCAAUUACACGCUUGUGUUACGUGCAAAGGCCUCUAAAACUUCGAUAACUACCAAAAGCGAUGAUUCAUCUGAUGCGACUGUGUCAAACGGGAAGAAAUCUGUUCGACGGACUACUUUCCCGAAAGAAGUGGAGGCACUGGUCCACGAGAUGUGUGAUGAGACUGAGGUUGCUGUCCUGAAACUCAAGGUUGGAGAUUUCGAGAUGAACCUAAAACGGAAGAUUGGCGCAGCCACAAACCCCAUUCCCGUGGCGGAUAUUUCUCCAAGCGUAGCACCUCCUAUUCCUUCUGAACCCAUGAAUAAAUCUGUUUCUUCUGCUCCCAGCCCAUCUAAAGCAAAACCUUCUGAGAAAGUAUCUCCAUUUAUGAAUACAUCAUAUGGGAAACCAGCAAAGUUGACAGCUUUGGAGGCAUCUGGAUCAAACAAUUAUGUUCUCGUCAAAUCUCCCUCAGUUGGCGAGUUUCAGAGAUGCAGAACUGUAAAAGGAAAGAAACUAUCUCCUACCUGCAAAGAGGGUGAUGAAAUAAAGGAAGGCCAAGUUGUCGGAUACUUACAUCAGUUGGGAACAGAACUUCCAGUGACGUCGGAUGUAGCUGGGGAAGUCCUCAAGUUUCUUUCAGAUGAGGGAGACUCUGUAGGUUAUGGUGAUCCUCUGGUAGCGGUCUUACCAUCGUUCCACGAUAUCAACAUCCAGUGAGAAUGAUGGUUUCUUCAGCCCAAUUCCGCACCAAAUGAAUAACCUUCAUCAUCUCGAGACUGUACUAUUCGUCUUGUCCUGUGUUUCUUUUUUUGAAGAUUGUAGUUGCAAAGAGUCUAUUUUGAUCUUGCUCUUAUCAUUUGUCUUUUGUCACGUAACCUUGUGUUUUUGUUUUUGGUCACGUAAUGUUUUUUUUUCUGCACCAGAAAAAAAAAAAGAGAGUUGUGGUGAAUUUUGUUUUGUUAUUAGAAAUGACGUGGCUAUCUUAUCUUC